AUGGCGCAAAGGUACGAUGAGCUGGCUCAUUACGGAGGCGCGAUGGACGGAGUCGGAGUUCCCACUUCCAUGUACGGAGACCCGCACGCCCCCCGGCCUCUGCCCCAGGUCCACCACCUGAACCACGGGCCGCCCCCGCAUCCAACGCAGCACUAUGGAGCCCACGCACCGCACAACAUCAUGCCCAGCAGCAUGGGCAGCGCCGUCAACGACGCACUGAAGAGGGACAAGGACCAGAUUUAUGGACACCCGUUAUUCCCUUUGCUCGCUCUGGUGUUUGAGAAGUGCGAGCUGGCGACCUGCACGCCCAGAGAGCCCGGCGUGGCGGGAGGAGACGUCUGCUCCUCCGAUUCCUUCAAUGAAGACAUAGCAGUGUUUGCAAAACAGAUCCGCGCAGAGAAACCGUUAUUUUCCUCUAACCCGGAGCUGGAUAACUUGAUGAUUCAAGCGAUUCAAGUCCUACGAUUCCAUCUGCUGGAAUUAGAAAAGGUUCAUGAGCUGUGUGAUAACUUCUGCCACCGGUACAUCAGCUGCCUGAAAGGCAAAAUGCCCAUCGACUUGGUUAUAGAGGAGCGAGACGUUUGUAAGUCGGACUUCGACGACCUGUCAGGAUCCUCCACCAACCUCGCAGAUCAUAAUCCAGCGUCCUGGAGAGACUUGGAUGACGCCCACUCCACGCCCUCCGUGGGCACCCCGGGACCCUCCAGCGGGGGACACGUCUCCCAGAGUGGAGACAACACCAGUGAACUAGGAGACGGCCUCGACAACAGCCUGGCAUCACCGGGCACGGGAGACGAGGAUGACCAGGACAAGAAGAGGCAGAAGAAACGGGGCAUCUUCCCCAAAGUGGCCACAAAUAUAAUGAGAGCGUGGCUCUUCCAGCAUCUUACGCACCCGUACCCCUCAGAGGAACAGAAAAAGCAGCUAGCGCAAGACACAGGCCUCACCAUCCUACAAGUCAACAACUGGUUUAUCAAUGCGAGGAGGAGAAUAGUCCAGCCUAUGAUCGAUCAGUCCAACAGAGCAGGUAAAUUUGCACUUCAUUCACUGUCCAAUGGUACAGCUUACAGUCCAGAUGGCCAGCCAAUGGGAGGCUUCGUCCUUGAUGGGCAGCAGCACAUGGGUCUCCGACCUGGAGGGCCAAUGGGUGGCAUGGGUAUGAACAUGGGUAUGGAUGGGCAGUGGCACUACAUGUAA